AUGUCGGGUCUCACCUUCACCAAAGACGCCACCGGCCUGGUGCGCAUACAGGAUGAGAAUGGCGAUGUACCCGACAAUGUCGAGCCCGCUUCAAUCCUAGAAUUGACGCCGCCACCGACCCCCACAAGAGAUGGAAAGCUUGGCACGGCGAAUAUUAUUCCUAUGGAGAUCCUCUGUCUCAUACUGGAAUUUGUCAACCCGAAGAGACAGGAUGUGUUCGCAGCUACCUCCAAGGUUUCGCGGCUGUGGUAUCAUGCUAGCGCACCGUUUCUCUAUCGCUGCCCUAAGAUCACCGGGAAUAACUACCUCAAGUUCGCUGCCAUCAUCUCGCCGUCCAGCACUCUCAUCAAGCCAUCAUCCCUCGGCUCUCUCGUGAAGCGUCUCGACCUUUCAGCUCUGGUAUAUCAAGGCCGCCCCUCCCUCAACGCGCGCCUGCUGCGUCGCGUUCAAGCCAAUCUCGAAGAAUUCGUCGCCCCACAGACUACCUUCGGCUACAACUGCAUCGUAGCUCUCGGUCACCUCCAAAAGCUGCGCCUCCUCGACCUCUCCCUCAUCAGCCAGUCCGUCAACCUCGAUGAUCUCUUCCAGCACAUCGGGGAUCUCCCGAACCUGCGCACCCUUAACUUCCCACGUUCCUCCGUCCUUGCGCAACCGCAGACCCGCUUCCUCUGGCCCAAGCGGCUAGAGAGUUUCUCUCUCAGUGGAGCGAUUCUAGACUACUUCCUCCACGAGACGCAGCUCCCCGAGACGCUCCACGAACUGCACAUCUCGCACUGCCCAUUCACGCGCAGCGGCAGCGUAAUCCGGCUAGCCGCGGCGCUCUCGCUGCAACUCACGAGCUUGAGCAUAACCUACCCGAUGCCCUGCCUCGCCUUCAACGCACUCGACAACAUUCUGAACAUGUGCCCGCACCUCACGUACCUCCUCAUCGCCGUCGACUACAUUUCCAACCACUUCUUCGACUUCGGGCUCGGCCACCCACUGAAGCGGCUCGACCUCGACUCCAGCGGCAAUCCCGGGGUCGAACACAAAGUCUCACCCAACGACGUCUUCAUCGCCGUGGCCGAAGACCGCCUUCCCGACCUCCGCAUCGUCCGUGUCUCCCGCCUCCUAAAGUGGGUCGUCCGCGAAAAGGGCGACGUCGACGAUCUCGUCGAUAUGCUCGAGGCGAAAGCGCGCGAGGCUACAGCCGCCCCCGCCGCCGGCGAUGAUGUUGAUGACGAUGAUGAUAUCGCCUCCGCUGAUGUGGGCGUCUGGGAAUUUGGCGAUGCAAGGGGAAAUGGGUAA